GAAUACUUGAAAUAAAUUAUCAAGUAUAAAUCCUUGAAUCAAAUCACAUUCCAAGUUUACUCUACAUUUCAUCUAGUCUCUAGUUGACUGACACUGAUGAUUGUCAUUAUUAAUAGUGUCCGAUGUUCUGAAAUGAUUACUCUGGUUUAAGGACAAUCAAGUAACAAUCUAAACCAUAAAUAAACUGGAACAGUUACCACAUCAUCUGCAAUAAUAUAUCAACAUUAGGGAGAAGAUCAAAUGUAUCAUCACAAAAUUGUCUACAAUUUUACAGUUUGCUGGAUGUCUACCCAUUAGUUUAUGUCCAACAUAAUGUACGAAAUGUCAACCAUUAACCUGAUUUCUGUUUAUUAUUUUAUAUUUUCUCUCAUCUCAGUUAACCAAAUUGUCUCAUCAAGACUUUAUUAUCCCGAAUAUUACAUCUUGGAAAAGUGUACUCCACCAGAUAACCCAAAACCGAUAAAUUUAACUAAUACUGAAGGUGGAUCGGCUGCUUAUUUUGAAUGGCCGAGCAAAAAUGAAUCUUUAAUUAAACCAACACAAACAUGUGUGAUAGUUGUCCAAUCACCACCUGGUCAGGGUCUUAUCCUUCAUCCAGUUUCACUAGAUUUGACCCGAUUUGCUGGAAAGAUUGUCAUCUAUCAAUUGCAUUUAUCUGCCAGUGUUGCUAAUAUUAUUUACGAUUUGGAUGAUUCCGUUCACUUUGACUCUUUUGAUAAUCAUCGGGUUAAAUCAGUGACUUUGAAUAGUUUACCCGGAGAUGAAAAAACUGUUGUGUUAUUUGAAUUUCAACUCAAUUCAAAUCAAUCAGAUUGGAAUCAAUUGCUCUUUAAAUUUUUGGUAACUUCUUUCAUUCAUGUUCCUGAACUCGGUCAUUGUCCAGAUGCAUUUUAUUUUGAUUGUGGAUCUGGACAAUGUAUAAGACAAUCCCUUCAUUGUGAUGGUAUCUCUAAUUGUGCUGAUGGAUUUGAUGAACAUGAUUGUGCAUUAGAAGCUCAUGAGAUUUUUUUCAUUGUUCUUGGAAUUUUCAUUAUGUUAAUAAUUGUCGUUGGUUUAAUUUGGUAUGCCCAUAAGAAAGAAAGUAUGGAUUUGCCUGUUGUUCAGGGAAACGAUGCUAAAAAGAACAGUCUUGGCAAUACUAAAGUCUAAUUCAUUUGCAUUCAUGGAUUUUUUACAUUUGCCCGACGAGCUAUCUAUUAACAAUUAACGUUGUUAAAUUUGUAAUUUUUUACCCAUUUUGUAAUUAUCUACCAGUAUUGAUUUAGGUUGUCUUGAAUGACUGACUUUAAAUAAAUGCGUAACAUAUUUUUGCUUUACAUUUUAAAAUUAAA